AUGCCGACAUUCCAGGCCAAACCUUUCCGCCCCUCUUCGGCGUCCAAUACGCUACCAGCCCGCUAUCGCGCUCUUCUACGGAAGCACCCAUUCGCCUUAUUUGGCCUGCCUUUCAUUGUUACGAUGGUUGCUGGGAGCUUCUUCCUUACGCCUGCGGCGGCGCUGAGAUACGAGAGGCAUGACCGCAAGGUGCGGCAAAUGAGCAAAGAGGAGGAGCUGGGCAUAGGGAAGGACCGGAGGAAGGUGGAUAUGAAGGAGGAGUACUACAGACUGGCUGCGAAGGAUCUCGACGACUGGGAACAGAAGCGAGUAAAGCGGCUAAAGGGCGAGCACGAUGGGAUUCUAUGA